ACAUCCCGUGAAUGUAACCGGCCAUCUUGUCGCGCCGAAGAGGAGAAGAGCAGUAGAUAUGGCUGACUACAGCAGCGUGGCUCCCCCUUCCUCUAACGCCGGUGGUGGCAUGAACGACGCUUUUAAAGACGCUCUACAGCGAGCACGACAGAUUGCAGCGAAGAUCGGUGGUGAUGGAGUUGCGGCACCCCCAACAAACGAGUUUGGCUACGGCGGCCAGAAAAGGCCCCUGGAGGACGCUGGUGGGUAUUUUCCCAUGCCUAACCUGAAUAUCGACCAACCAGAGACGAAGAAAGUGGCUACAAAUGACGCCUUUUCAGGAAUGGGAGGAAUGGGUGGUCCAAGGUCAAUAUCAGAGGAAUUCAAGGUUCCAGAUGGAAUGGUUGGAUUCAUUAUUGGAAGAGGAGGUGAACAAAUAUCACGUCUGCAGCAAGAGUCUGGAUGUAAGAUACAGAUUGCGCCUGACAGUGGAGGAAUGCCAGAUCGGUCGGUGACAUUAACCGGAGGACCAGAAUCCAUCCAGGCUGCAAAGAGGCUACUAACAGAGAUAGUUGAGAAGGGGCGCCCAGCUCCCGCAUUCAACCACAACGACGGCCCGGGAAUGACGGUCCAGGAGAUUAUGGUCCCUGCCUCUAAAGCCGGACUCGUCAUUGGGAAGGGAGGAGAAACUAUCAAAAGUCUUCAGGAACGAGCGGGAGUGAAGAUGGUCAUGAUCCAAGACGGACCCCAAAACACAGGUGCAGACAAGCCACUCCGCAUUUCAGGAGAACCCUUUAAAGUUCAGCAAGCCAAAGAGAUGGUGAUGGAGCUGAUCAGAGAUCAAGGCUUCAGGGAGCAGAGGGGCGAGUAUGGUUCACGAGUUGGAGGAGGGGGAGGUGGUAGUGGAGGUGGAGACAGCUUGGAUGUUCCCGUCCCCCGGUUUGCAGUGGGAAUUGUUAUCGGCAGAAAUGGAGAGAUGAUCAAGAAAAUACAGAAUGACACAGGUGUCAGGAUUCAGUUUAAACCAGAUGAUGGCAGCACACCGGACAGGAUAGCACAGAUUAUGGGUCCCCCUGACCAGGCUCAGCAUGCAGCAGAAAUUAUAUCCGAUCUGCUGAGGAGUGUCCAGGCCGGCGGGCCUCCAGGGCAUGGUGGUGGUGGCGGCAGAGGUCGUGGUCGCGGGCAGGGGAACUGGAACAUGGGUCCCCCUGGUGGCCUGCAGGAGUUCACCUUCACUGUGCCAACCAUGAAGACUGGCCUCAUCAUUGGAAAAGGUGGGGAGACAAUCAAGGGCAUCAGCCAGCAGUCCGGAGCCAGGAUCGAGCUGCAAAGGAAUCCUCCACCCAACGCUGAUCCCAACAUCAAAAUGUUCACAGUUCGGGGCUCCCCUCAGCAGAUCGACUACGCCAGGCAGCUGGUGGAAGAGAAAAUUGGGGGACCAGUCACUCCAAUGGGUGGCCCACACGGUCCACAUGGAGGUCCAGGCCCACAUGGUCCUCCGGGACCACCUGGACCCCCUGGGGCUCCCAUGGGUCCAUACAACCCUGGACCAUACAACCAGGGGCCUCCAGGACCCCAUGGUCCACCGGCACCGUACCAACCUCAGGGAUGGGGCAAUGGCUACCCACACUGGCAACAAGGACAACCUGAUCCAAAUAAAGCAGCAGCCGAUGCCAACGCAGCAGCGUGGGCAGCCUACUACGCUCAGUACAGCCAGCAGCCGCAGGCUCCCAUGACCCCGACAAGUGGAGCUCCUGGCACGACUCAAACCAACGGCCAAGGUGACCCACAGGCUGCAGGUCAGAGUGGACAGGCAGAUUACUCCGAGGCCUGGGAGGAAUAUUACAAGAAAAUGGGUCAACAGAGUCAACAACCUCAGGACUACACAAAAGCCUGGGAGGAAUAUUACAAGAAACAAGGUCAAGCUGCCCCUCAGGCCACAGCAGCAGCAGCCGCAGCCGCUUCCCAGCCUGGAGGCCAGCCAGACUACAGCGCUGCCUGGGCGGAGUACUACCGCCAGCAGGCCGCUUACUACGGCACAGCCAACCCUCAGACGAUGGGUGCAGCACCACAAGCUCCUCAGGGCCAGUAAUGUGAAGUGGACAUAAAGUAAAUGCUACAUUGUCGAAACAAAAUCCUUUGUUUAAUGUUUGGAUGCAGACGCCUUGAUGAAGAUCUUAAAUUUCCUUGGUUUGAAAGUGUUUCACAUAGAUGGCAGAUUACCCGGCGAACACGUCCUCCUUUUUUUUUUUUUUUUUUUUUUUUUCUUGUAAAUGCUUUUGUUUUUAGUGAGGUAAUUAUACAUAUGGUCAUUCCAGCCCUGUAUCUACAUUAAAUGUGGUUAGAACUCAUGUUUAUUAAACUGUAGACAUUACCAUGUAAAUCAUCUCAGUUUUAAAAUGCUAUUGCCUGUUGUGUUUUUGCAAUAAAACAAACUGAAACCUCCUUUGUUGGUAAGUUGGGGUGGUUUUAAACCAAAAGGGUUAAGAGGAAUUUCUGUAUGUUUUUAUUUUACGGGUGGGAAAGUUUGAAACGCAGGCCAUGUUCAAUUGUCCAAAAUGGUUGACUCAAAAGUUGUGCUGUCCUGUCUCUCUCCAACUGUCUAUAAGGCUCUUAGAUACAUUAUGUGCGUGCAAUGAUCCGGAGUGGUUCAGACCAACAAACGUCCUUGUUGAUAGACCUUUUUUUACACGUGUUUCCUGACUUUGCUCUGACUUUAGCAGUAGACGGAUGUUUGUCAUAAGAAAGUCGACAGGUAUCUAUGUACCGUAACUCAUGCAUUAACUGCGUUGCUGUGGCACUCCUUUAUUUUUUUAAUUUUUGCCUGGUUUGCUGACAUUGUUGAGGUAGUAUGCUCUGUAUUUUGCCUUGAUAUAGAUACUUCCUCCUCCACAGGAAAGUUUAGUAAAGCGGUAAGCAAGUAUUCUUCCUUAACAUGUUCCUCAGAAAACGUGGUUGCAAGAAAUGUUGCAUUUUUAGUGUUAUAUAUUUUGUGGUGUUCUUCUUCCAGGACAGUCAGGUAAAUUGCCACUGUAUCGAAAAUGCUUUGAAACGUUUGUCUUGCCCAUUUCAAAUUGCGAACUAACUCACAUGUAUAAAUUUGUUUUGUUUUUUUUAAAAUGUUUUUUUAAUAUAAAAACAUUGCAAAAUUGCCAUUGCUGUCCCCAUUCUGUUAGUGUUUAUCGAAUAUAAGAACAUAGAUGUUGUAGGGUCGGGGGUGGCUAAGCAGUCUUCAUCCAUCAGUUGAGCCCUCCUAUACUGUAAGUACAAAACUGUGACUGACUUUGAGAGAAACGCCUUAUUUGAUGCUUUACAAACUGCCAAAGAUGUAGUAUUUUUGUCAAAUAUUGCCAUUUUCCCUAUGUCUCUGGGUAAGUAUGAAAUGUUCUGAGGAGAGGAAUAGUACUUUAGAAUCUUGUACCACAUAUUUCUGAGACUUAUUUCCCUUUGACUACUACAUUCAGACUUUGAAUCUUAACAGUAUGUUGAUACUUGUUAGAUUGUUAGACUAUUUCUGUAGGUAGCAUUUCAUUGCCAGUUGGAUUUCUGAACUGAGUUUGAAUGUCAGCACUCUGUUACACUGUUGGUAGGAACUGUUUAAGGAUUUUGUUUUUGCGUUUUGAAUACCUGAACUGCUAAGUGCCAUUGUCUAGUUGAGACUCAUGUUUUUAAAUGCCAUUUAUUGCAUCAUAUUGCUUUCAAAAGUCCUACUGCAUAACUCCAGUGUAGCAUGCUUAGGUUUCUUCUGCUGUCAUUACUUUAUAUAUGUCCUAUAUGAGCAUGUGGAAUGCUAAUAGUGGAAGUGCUUCUGAAUAGCCCAGUAUUAUGACAUUUUCUGAAUGAGCACUGUUGUGAAAGGCUGUUAAUUUUAAGCAUUGUUCACUGAUGGCAAACAGUGCAAUAUAUCUGAUCUUUGCAGUGUCGUCCCAGACCUUGCACCUUAGGUUCUGCUGCAAUAACACAGGUAAGCGAAACCUAAGGAAACCAGUGUUUUUGUCCAGUGACAUGACCAAUUUACAUGCAAAGAAAUGCUUACCUGUGUCUUUAACAUGCCUCAAUGCAUUUUAUGCUUAGUCGUAAAGAAAUGUCCAGGAUAUAUCUUAAGUAUGAACAGCCCUUUGAGAUCUGCUUUCAUGAAUGAACUGCAUGACAUGAGCUGUAUGACUUGUUACAUGAAGUUUGACUUUUCAAAAAGUGACUUUACCCAGAAAAAGUAGUUGCAUAGGCUCACUAAGGAAAUGUCAUUGUCGUAUGUGCUUAAUAUUUGAUGAUAGCCUUAUCUUUGCAUCCUGGUAAGUCUGAUGGCGACUGUGUAUCGAUGCUUUAGACAACUUUGAUACUGGUAUAUCAAAACUGCAUGCCAUUACAACCUGUUGACAGAAGUUAGCAAUGUGCUCAAACGCUAGAUCAAGAAACGGUGAAAUACAUAUAUAAUUUUUUUUUUUUUCUGUCGUGGUGUGAAUCUGCCCUCAAGUGCAGUGCAAAUCUACUAUUGAAACUUCACUUCUCGCUCACAGUGUUGGAGGACGCUGCAAGCUUAGGUCAUAGAAUCAGGCCCUGUCGUAGUUUGUCCCCAAAAGGAGGAAUCCUUUGAGUCAAUCCCCACUGCUGAACGUAGACCGUUCAAGAGCUCCAGUGAUAAGGUAAAACAGCAACGCAAUGAAAUUUAAAUUCUGUGAUUGCAAAGUGUUGGUCAGAUACAUGUUUUUCAGCUCGGAUCGACUGUUUUUAUAACCAUGAUGCCAUAGUGUAUUUAGAGUUGUCUGAUGGUUUAUUUUUGUCGCUUGAAUGCAUUAAUCAGUAACCUUUAGUCAGUAGGAAUGUGCUUUAGAAAGUUGGAUGAGGACAGGAAGUGAUGUACUUUAUAAUGACUUGCACAGUUUUAUUGGCAGUAAAAAAAAUUGGGGGUUAUUUUUUUUAAAUCACUUUUCUCUGUAGUUAAAGGGUCACUUACGGUUUCUGUUCAUCUGUACAUGUGAGAUGCUCAGUGUUUCAACACAGAGUUCGUGGGGGUGUAGAAGACAAAACAAGGAGCAUGCAUUAGAGGUAAAAAAAAAUAGUUUCAUGUGCUGUGUAUAUUAAAUAUAUUGUUUUUUUUGAAUUAACUGUUCUGACUUUUGAAAUGUUGACAUGUUCAUUAAUAAAGUUGUAACAAAUUAA